AUGCAAUAUCGUUACAACCCCCUGCAUCAGGACAUCAUCUGCUCCGAUACGGCGAUCGACGCGCUGCCGGCCACGGUGGACGCUUUGGGAGCGAGCCGGGCGUUGAUCACGUGCGGCCCAACCAUCUUGCGAGCCUGCAACGUAGUCCCUCGGGUACAAGAAGCCCUGGGCUCGCGUUACGUGGGUACCUAUUCGGGGGUUGCGCCACACUCUCCGGUGCAAACCGUGGAAGAGGGCGUGGCAAUGGCGAAGGAAGUGCAGCCCGAUGUCUUCAUCAGCGUGGGCGGGGGCAGCACCCAUGACACCACCAAGGCAAUCGCCACUCUGCUGGCCGAGGGCGGAGACAUCCGCGACUAUGCCGUCAUCUUCGAACCGCCGGACAAAAUAAUAGUGCCGCCCACGCCGUCGCCCAAGCUCCCCAUCCUCAGCGUGCCCACCACCAUGGGGUGCGCCGAGUUCAGUCGCGGUGGCGGCGGUAUCACUGACCACGAGCAGGGCCGCAAACUGAGCAUCGCCGGCGACGGCGUAACCCACCGCACCGUCAUCAUCGACGGGCAGGCCCUGGCCACCACUCCGUUGCGCAUACUGGUUUCUACGGCGAUUGGGCAACUGCGCAUUGCCAUCGAAACCGUGUAUUCCACUGGCCGCAACCCUAUCGGGGACGGUAUGGCGCUGCAUGCCAUCCGCCUGCUGUUCGAGAACCUUCCCCGUUGCAAGGAUGGAGACAUCGACACCCUGCUCACCACCAAGACCGCCUGCGCCAUGGCUUCACUGGCAUCCUUCGGCGGCCUGGGCCUGAAUACCGCAACCUGCCAUCACGUGGGUGGGCUGUACGACGUGCCGCACGGCGAGGCCAAUGCGAUACUGUUGCCUCAUACGAUGCGCUACAACCUGGAUGCCUGCGCCGACCGUCAGCGCCUGAUCGCUGAGGCGAUCGGUGUGGCCAGCAGCAGCAUGUCCGAUGAGGACGCGGGCCUGGCGGCGGCGGAUGCCGUGGACGGGCUGUGCCGAGACCUGGAACUGCCGCGCACACUCCGCGAGGUUGGUGUCCCUGAGGAUGGCCUGGAGUACAUCGCCACAGCCACCCUCCAGGACCGCAGCCUGAGCACCAACCCGAAACCCAUCCUGGAUGCUGGUCCCAUCAUGGAAGUGCUGCGGGCCGCCUACUGA